AUGGCCAUUAAUAUCACACAUAGCGUAACAAAUACUUCACUGAAUGCAACUAGUUCACAAUUCAACUGUGGAAAGGAGGGGGUGGCUAAGACAACGCGAAGGACGCGGCAGCUGCCCUCCCUGCUGCCCAUUACUUUACACGACCACAUGGAGGCGUUCUCUCCGGAGGAAAUUUUAUAA